CCCUGGACCCUUUUUUUUUCCUAUAUAAGAAUCAUCCCAAAGUAGGCCGCCUCCUCAUUUGACUCACUCUUUUUCCGGCGGCCGCCUUUUGCUCUCUCUCUCUCUCUCAGAUGCUUUCCCCUCACCACCACCACCACCAGAGCCAUCAAUGCUGCUGCUGCUGCUCUUGUUCGUCCUGCUGUUCCUCCUUCUCCACCCCCUCUCUUCCCCCUCUCCUUACCUCUGAUCAACUCCUUCAAGCCCUCACCACCCAGCUCCUGCUCCAAUCCCAAUCCCAAUCCCAAUCCCCAUCCCCAUCCCCUCCUCAUAUCUACACCCAUCACUAUCUCAAAUCCCACCAACCCUUCUACCAACCCCCACCCCCAACACAUCAGCAGUCAAAGGAUCACCACCAUGACCACCAAACUCACCCUCUUCUCCACUCCCUUCUUCGCCGCGUCGCCGCCCUCGAAUGCUCUCUUCCCCACCUCUCUUCCCCUUCUCCCCACCCUCCUCCCCUGUCUCCUCCGCCUCCUCCUCGUCCACAACCCUCGCCGGCGUCUCGUCCGCCUUCUUCUUCUUCUUCUUCCUCCUCCUAUCGUCCUUCUCUUCGAGAUGCGGCGGCAAGGACCAUCCAGGCGCGCUUCCGGCUCUUCCUGGUGCGGCGGUCCCAGACCCUGCGCCACCUCAAACGCCUCGCUUCCAUCAAAUCCCACGCCGCCGCCCUCCGAUCCUCGCUCUCCGACCAGACGGCCCGCCGCGAUCCCAGAGCUCUCUCCGAGAGGGCCAUGGAUCUCCUCCUCCAGCUCGAUUCUAUCCAGAGCGGUGAUCCGAUGAUUCGAGAAGGGAAACGGUCGAUCAGCCGAGAGUUGGUCAGAAUAUUGGAGUUUGUGGACAAGGUGCUGGUGAAAGAGCGCGAGAUGUCUCUCAGAGCAGUGGAGAUCGCGGAAAUGGGCACUAAUGGAAGCGACGGAUUUGAAGGAGUCGCUAGGGCUCCCGAGUAUGAUGGGGUGCUUCUACAAUCUACCAAGCCGGGGAAAAAAGUGAGCUUUUUUGAGAAUGGGAGGGGAUCUAGGGCUUCUGCUGGCGCCUCUGAGCCAUUUUCAGAGGAUUAUGAAGAAUACAGUGAUCACGGUAUUCGGAGAGGUCACGUAGAGCGAUUCGGAAGGGAAGUCGCAGGAAUCAGGAUAUCAGAGCAUUCGGAACCAGAAGAAAGGAUUCAUCAGCCAAAGGGUGAUGAGAGGGGCUCUGAAGUUGGUUCUGAGAAUGGAGAUAGAUAUGGAAAUGGUGGCAAGUUCUGCGGUCAGAAUGGCAGUUUGAGUGGUCUCUCUGCUCCCUUGCCUGUCCAAAUGGAGCGGAGAAGAGUAUAGUGAUUGCACCACAUCCUGAGGUUAUUCGUUCGCAUCUAUGAUUUUACCACGGCUGGUUGCCUUUGCUGGUCCUUUGCCUCUUGGAAAGGUAAGAGAACAGCUGCUGUUUUGAUGUUGUGUUAUUAGUCAUUUUGUGCUGUAGGCUUAGCUAAGUGACUGUUGUACUUCUGAACUGCCCUUUGGGCUAAUCGUUUCAGGUAUUGAUGUUGUCCCACUUUUGGUAAACUAAUCUCAUUGUUGGUGAUUUACUUA